UUUAGGGCAAAAGUUGGAGCCAUUUUUGUCUCCUGCUCCUCUUCUUCGUUCAUUUUGCUUAAGAAUAGGAAAGCAAAGUGUUGAAGUGAUUCUACUUCAUGAGAUUGUUCAAAGAGAUUCUAGUUAUCAGAAGCCCUUUCCUUUUCUCCUGCAAAACCAGCAAAUAAUGAAGGAUGAUGAUUCUUCAACAUUCGGGGGAGGGCACAAUUGCCAUACAUGCUUGGGAUGUAAUUGUUUGAAACCUCUUCCUCUUCUCCCGCAACACCUGCAUACAAUGAAGAUUUGCAGAAUAUUUCGAGGAGUAUACAUACUUGUCAAGAUAAUUAGGGCGAUGACAUGUAACGAGGGAUUGAGCAACAAUUUUGAAGCGACCAUCAUAUCCCAACAUUUAAACUUGGAGGAGCUUCCGGAUCGCCUAACUGAUUAUUAUUCUCUCUGGCCUUCUAAUAUUGAGUUUGACAAGGAUAAGGUGAUCCGAUUAUGGAUUGCACAAGGGUUCUUUGAUUUUGAGUAUGGGCGGGGAGUGGAGAUUGUGGCUAACAAGUAUUUCGAGGACAUGCUUAAGGUGAAUCGUAUAGUGCAAUCAAGAUUUGAUAUGGCCACCGGAAGAAUAAAAUACAAAGUUGGGUCCUCAUGUUCAAACUCGUGGGUACAAGAAGCACAAUUGAGUAGUAUUGCAGAAGAAGUCCAAAAAUUAUUCUUACUCUCUGAGAGCUUUGGAAAAGACACUCUCAAAACUCUCCAAAAAUUCAACCAGUUGCGCACCCUUGUAUUGUCCUGUCGCCAUAAACAUUCCUUCAAGCGAGUACCUGAUCAUCUCUUUCUCAAGAUGCAACACUUGAGAACUAUGGACUUGCAUGCGACUAACAUAACUGAGUUGCCUAAUUCCAUUAGCUAUUUGUCAUCUUUGCGUUAUCUUGAUGUCUCCGACACACCUAUUAGACUCCUUCCUGAAUCUAUAGGUAGGCUUUGGUAUUUACAAAUACUAAAGUUGGAGCGUUGUUCUAAUUUUUCGAGAUUACCAUACUGUACUAGCAAGUUGGUUAAUUUGCGCCAUUUGGAUCUUAACAUUGUUGGCCAACUAAGGUCAAUGCCAGUUGGAAUGGGUAAUCUGACCCGCCUUCAGACACUUAAAGGGUUCAUUCUUGGCAAGGGGGAAGGUUAUGGUGUGAGAGAGUUGAGGCAGCUCACUGAUCUUUGCGGGUCAAUUCAGAUUUCAAGACUUGAGAAUAUUUCAAGUGUCGAAGAGGCUAGAGAAGUUGAGCUAAACAAGAAACAUCUCGAUAAGUUGGAGUUGCAAUGGGAACAUCAUCAAGAUGAUUUCCCUUUUUUAGUUGAGGAGAUAUUGGAAUAUCUUCAGCCUCAUUUGAGCCUCAAAGAGUUACAGAUAUCUUUCUAUAAUGGCUCUAGUUUUCCUACGUGGAUGAGUAAUUCGUAUUUGUCCAACAUUGUGAGUAUCACUCUCUUGGAGUGUAAAAGUUGUAUCGACUUGCCAUUCCUUGGAGGUCUACAGUCACUUAAGUCUCUUCUCCUUUUUCGCAUGUAUGGGGUAAGAUCUAUUGAUAGUCGCUUUUGUAGAUAUGGGGGGAGUCAAGUAGGACCUGCAUUUCCAAAGCUUGAAAAAUUAAAAAUUGAUGGAAUGCCAAAACUUGAAAAAUGGACAGGCGUGAAGAAUGGGGAUUUUCCAUGUCUCCUUCAGUUAUCAGUGAUAUGCUGCCCUAAACUUGUUGCAAUCCCCAUGCUUCCACUUCUUAGCGCUCUCAAAAUUUUGUAUAUUUCUUAUUGUUAUGAGCUUCAGUCAUUUCCUAAGGGAAAACUUCCAUCAAAGCUGGAAUCUCUUGCUAUAUCAAAUUGUCCACUAUUAAAGAAACGUUGUCUUAAGCUUCAAGGUAAGGAUUGGUCUAAGAUUAAACACAUACCUUCAAUCUUCAUUGAUCGUGAAGAGAUGUCUUCAACUUAAGAAGCCAAAUAUGGAUCCAGAUCACUAAAAUGGAUGGCAGAUUCUUAUAUCUUCAGGUUCUCGUGCAGACCAACCUGGGAAUUCAGCUGGUUUAGGAAGUUGCUUGAUUUGCAGAGCUGAAUGUAGAGGGAGAGUCACAAGAUGCAUGGAAAGAGGCACUUGAACUGAAGAUUUUAAUUUGGCAUGCAACUGUAAUUAAGUGGUUAACUUUGAUCUAGCACUCUUGGAUUGUAAAUAGAUUAGAUGAAUUAGCAAGUCUGUAAUUCUGUUUAUGUCUUAUUUUGCACUGGGGUUGCAGAAUCAUUGUUACUCUCUAUAUUUCUCUUGUUUCACUUUCUAGUAUUGCAAAAAGUUGUGUGAA